ACAGUAGGGUUGAUUCCGUCAAUUAAAAAAAAAAAAACUUUUCUUCUUUCUUCUUUGUUCGUCUGAAAGCAAAACAAGGGUUUAUGAGGGGCUUUGAGACACAAAAAUGGCGGUUUCGUUAAAUUGAAGUUCCGAUUUUUAACGACAGUCUCAAUCCAUUCGCUGCCUUAAGCAAAUGCUGAAGCUUCUCUCGUCUUCCUCGUCGUCAUGCCUUCAUGGCCAGCUCCACAGCCUCCGCCGCGGGCCCACCGAGCUGGCCUCGCCGGUUCUCCGUGUUCUCGGCUCGCUCACUAGGUUGACUCGGCCGACCCCUAACUCGGCUCGCCAAGCGUUUUUUUGCUCGGACCGCAGCGACGGGUCUGAUCAGGUGGUGGAAAUUGAGUUCAAGGGGGCGGGGGCCGAGGCAGAGGCUGAAGCGGAGUCCAAGUCUUCGUCAGCCAUUGUGUCCACCAAUCCUAGACCCGAAGAUUAUCUUACGGUUUUAGCUUUGCCAUUGCCGCAUAGACCACUCUUUCCUGGGUUCUACAUGCCAAUUUAUGUGAAGGAUCCUAAAUUGUUAGCAGCUUUACAAGAAAGUCGAAAGCGACAAGCUCCUUAUGCAGGUGCAUUUCUUCUCAAGGAUGAACCGGGGACUGAUCCUAGUUUGGUGUCAGGUUCUGAAACAGAUAAAAACAUACAUGACUUGAAAGGAAAAGAGUUGUUCAAUCGUCUGCAUGAAGUUGGCACGCUUGCCCAGAUUUCAAGCAUCCAAGGGGACCAAGUAGUCCUUAUUGGUCAUAGAAGACUUCGAAUUACAGAGAUGGUUGACGAGGAUCCCCUGACUGUAAAAGUUGACCAUCUGAAGGAUAAACCAUAUAACAAAGAUGAUGAUGUCAUAAAGGCAACAUCAUUUGAGGUUAUAUCAACCUUAAGAGAUGUCCUCAAGACUAGUUCCCUUUGGAGAGAUCAUGUUCAAACAUACACUCAGCAUAUAGGUGAUUUUAAUUUUCCAAGGUUAGCAGAUUUUGGAGCUGCAAUAUCUGGUGCAAACAAAUUGCAAUGCCAGAAAGUGCUUGAAGAGUUAGAUGUGUAUAAACGUUUAGAACUCACUCUGGAAUUAGUAAAGAAAGAGAUAGAAAUCAGCAAGAUUCAGGAGUCUAUUGCAAAAGCAAUUGAAGAGAAGAUAAGUGGUGAACAGCGUCGAUACUUGUUGAAUGAACAGCUUAAAGCCAUAAAGAAGGAACUGGGAUUAGAGACAGAUGACAAAACGGCACUUUCUGAAAAGUUUAGGGAGAGGCUUGAACCAAACAGGGAAAACUGCCCACCUCAUGUUUUGCAAGUUAUAGAAGAAGAACUUACAAAACUGCAGCUGUUGGAGGCCAGUUCAAGUGAAUUUAAUGUGACACGCAAUUACCUAGAUUGGUUGACUUCAAUUCCCUGGGGAAACUACAGUGAUGAGAACUUUGAUGUUCUUCGGGCGCAAAAAAUUCUUGAUGAAGAUCAUUAUGGAUUAAAUGAUGUAAAGGAAAGGAUAUUGGAAUUUAUUGCAGUUGGAAAACUCAGAGGAAUCUCACAAGGGAAAAUCAUCUGUCUCUCUGGCCCACCUGGAGUGGGCAAAACCAGCAUUGGUCGUUCAAUUGCACGUGCCUUGAACCGUAACUUCUUUCGGUUUUCUGUAGGAGGGUUGUCUGAUGUUGCUGAAAUUAAGGGGCAUCGCCGAACCUAUAUUGGUGCUAUGCCAGGGAAGAUGGUACAAUGCCUUAAAAAUGUGGGAACAGCCAACCCUUUAGUUCUGAUUGAUGAGAUUGACAAGUUGGGAAGGGGACAUGCUGGUGAUCCAGCAAGUGCUUUGUUAGAGCUUCUUGAUCCAGAGCAAAAUGCUAAUUUUCUAGACCAUUAUCUUGAUGUUCCAAUCGACCUGUCAAAGGUUCUCUUUGUUUGUACAGCAAAUGUUGUGGAGAUGAUACCUAAUCCCCUCUUGGAUAGAAUGGAGGUGAUUUCAAUCGCUGGAUAUAUCACUGAUGAGAAAAUGCACAUUGCUAGGGACUAUUUGGAGAAGACCACACGUGAAGCUUGUGGAAUUAAACCUGAACAGGUUGAAGUGACCGAUGCAGCUCUUCUUGCUCUCAUUGAAAAUUAUUGCCGAGAAGCAGGUGUUAGGAACCUUCAAAAGCACAUAGAGAAGAUCUACCGCAAGAUAGCUCUGCAACUUGUUAGACAAGGAGCAUCAGAUGAAGCAGCAGUUGCUGAUCAAAUACAAUCUCUCCCAGAUAGGCCUGCUGCUGUUGAAGUUCAGCUUGUGGAUACUGAUGAAACCCAAGUAGAAGAUGAUAAGUUGGAUCAAAAAGUGGUUUCUAGCAAGAAUCAGACUGCAGCUGAAUCAUUGGAGGGCAAUGAUCAUGACCAUAGUUCUGAAACCUCUGCAGAAGAAGUCACUAUUCAGAUGGCUCUCCCUGAUGAACCUGCAGUUGUUGAAGUUCAGGUUGCAGAUACUGAUGAACCCGUGGAUUCAAAGCUAUAUUUACAGGAUGCAAAAGAAACUGAGAAAAUUCAGGAGGGUGAAGCAACAAAAACAGUUGAGAAAGUUUUGGUUGACUCAUCAAACUUGGCUGAUUUUGUUGGCAAACCUGUCUUCCAUGCUGAACGUAUCUAUGAUCAGACUCCAAUUGGAGUUGUUAUGGGUCUUGCUUGGACUGCCAUGGGUGGCUCCACCUUGUAUAUAGAAACCACUCAGAUUGAGGAAGCAGAGGGGAAAGGAGCCCUUCAUGUCACUGGUCAACUUGGAGAUGUUAUGAAAGAAAGUGCCCAAAUUGCUCACACUGUUGCCAGAGCGAUAUUGCUCGAUAAAGAUCCAGAUAACCACACUUUCUUUGCCAAUUCCAAGCUUCAUCUCCAUGUUCCUGCAGGGGCCACGCCGAAGGAUGGGCCUAGUGCUGGUUGCACCAUGAUCACAUCCAUGUUGUCCGUUGCCAUGAAGAAGCCUAUCAAGAGGGAUUUAGCAAUGACAGGGGAAGUAACACUAACUGGGAGGAUCCUUCCAAUUGGUGGGGUUAAGGAGAAAACGAUAGCAGCAAGGAGGAGCGAUGUGAAGACCAUCAUAUUCCCUUUAGCUAACAAAAGGGAUUUCGAUGAGCUUGCCCCUAAUGUAAAAGAAGGUCUUGACGUUCAUUUUGUGGAUGACUACAAUCAGAUAUUUGAUUUGGCUUUCAGUGAUGGUCAAAAUGAGAAAAAAUGAGCCAUUCUUCCUCACUAAUUCUCAAUAGAACUUCAAUUUUCUGCAAAAGCGAGUGAGAGUUUGCUGUGACGCCCAAAUCAAGACCAUGUCCAUUUUCGAGAGGACGGUCCUAGGUAAAAUUAGAAGAAUUGUGAUAGUUCAGUUGGUGGGGGAACGAUGUACAUUUUCUUUAUUUAUUCCCUUAUAUUUUCCCAUUAUUCUUCUAAAAUUGAAGCACCCAUUGGCCCCAUUUUGUAACCCGCAGGCCGUUAUUUUUUCACAGAUUGGUGGUCUGAGUCUGAUAGAAAUGAGAUAAUACGAGUUUCUGAAAUUAGUCUGUUUAUUUAAUAGAUCUGGAAUUAAGCCUUUCAUUCACCUCUUGGGGCUAGCUGGAUAUGAAUGAUUCAGACUUGUGGUUGCCAU